CAUCCACAGCUGUCUGAAUCCAUUGUCCCAGCCAGUGUGAGAAGAGACAGCCAGAGAGAGAGACUAGAGGGACACGAGACGUCAUCAAUGCUCAGCCAACCUAGGGACCAGUGGAGACACCACCCAGACACAUCAGGGGAGAGACAUCCUCUCUGAGGCUGCAGUGAGCAAAAGAGACAUCCCUCAGACUGCUCAGCUCUACAAGCGAGUCUCUGCAGAUAGGGGGAGAGCGCAGGGACCGCCCUGGACAUCCACACAAAGGGAAAUCCUGAAAGAGACAGCCUGGGGAUGAGAACAAAGCUCUGACAUGGACAUAUAGCACCUUGAGACAUCCCAAGUGACAUGCAGAGGCCUAUGUGACACCGCUCCACUGGCACGGGAAAGGGAUUUCACCGAGACAGUCCAGAGAGAAGAGACAGCUUGGCAGAGACUCAAUGUAGAGGGUCUUGGCAUGGAAGCUGGGCCUGAUCAAAAAGAACCAGCCACAGAACUGACACUCUAACGGAUGGAGCAGUGUGACUUCUGACACCAAACGGAUCAUCCAAGAAUCGGGUGCUAUGAUUCCUCCCAGGUUAUAUCUGCUGCUGCUUUUGGCCUGCUCCCCAUGCUCCUCUUCCCUAGGAACGUUGGAGCUGCACAUCGAUGAGGAGCAGCCGGCUGGCACUAUUAUCGGGGACAUCAGCGCUGGACUUCCACCUGGAUCCAGAGGUCACAUGUUCUUCAUAUCGGCACAGGAAGGUAGUGGUGUAAACAGUGAUCUAGACAUAGAUGAGAACACAGGAAUUAUUAAGACAGCACGGGUUCUUGACCGUGAGCAAAGAAAUCUUUACAGUUUCAUAGCGGUGACUCCAGAAGGACUCACUGUGGAAGUGGACAUACUUGUGGAUGAUAUUAAUGACCACUCGCCCACAUUUUCUAAAGAGCAUACAGAGAUUUCCAUCCCUGAACAUACACCACUGAAUACCCGUUACCCACUAGACCCAGCCAUAGAUUUUGACAGUGGAGUACUUGGUACUCAAGGUUACUUGAUUCGCAGUGGGGAUCCUAUGCAGGUAUUUCGACUAGAAACACGCAGACUUUCCAGUGGUAUUCUAUCUUUGGAGCUGGUGGUGAGCUUAGAUCUCGAUCGUGAGAACCGCUCAUCUUAUUCACUGACCCUGGAGGCAUAUGAUGGGGGUUCUCCAAGUCGAAGCUCUCAAAUAAGAUUGGAUAUAUCUAUUCUGGAUAUCAAUGACCAUGCUCCAGUAUUCAACCAAAGUCGGUACCAGGCAAUCAUCUCUGAGAGCCUUCCGCCAGGAUCAAGUGUCAUUCAAGUGUUUGCAACAGAUGCAGAUGAAAACCAAAAUGGGGAAAUCAGCUAUGAAAUAAACCGUAGACAGAGUGACCCAGAGGGAUUCUUCAGCAUCCACCCACACUCUGGACUCAUCCAGCUUAGCAAGCCAUUGGAUUAUGAAACUCGUAAAGCACAUGAGCUUGUUGUUCAGGCUAGAGAUGGUGCAGGAGAGCCAGAGGUGGGAACAGCAUUUGUUUCUAUCCAAGUGCGUGAUUCCAAUGACAACCAACCAAGCAUGACCAUCAUUUUCUUGAGUGAAGAUGGAGCUCCACAGGUUUCUGAAGGGGCCACUCCAGGACAGUAUGUGGCCCGUAUCUCUGUGUCUGACCCCGACUAUGGGGAGCAUCCAGAUGUAGAUGUGACUUUGGAAGGUGGUGAAGGAAAGUUUGCCUUGACCACCAAAGACAGCAUCAUUUACCUCAUCUGUGUGGACAAAUUGUUAGACCGUGAAGAAAAGGAUUCGUAUCGUCUGCGGGUGCUUGCCACAGAUUCUGGAACACCUCCACUUAGGGCAGAAUCCUCCUUUGUUUUGGAAGUCACUGACAUCAAUGAUAACCCACCAGUAUUUGACCGACAAGAGUACAGCCACACGGUCCCUGAAGCCAUACACCCUGGCAGUUUUCUACUACAAGUCACAGCCCGGGACAAAGAUCAUGGUACAAAUGGGGAUAUAAAAUAUAGUUUAUUGCCCACUCCCUGGUUCCAUAUCCACCCUGACACUGGUGUAAUCACCACUGCAGCACCUUUGGAUUAUGAAAAGGAAGCUCAGCCAUCAAUGAUUGUACUGGCAACAGAUGGAGGAGAACCUGCACUAACAUCCACAGCUGUGGUCCGAGUCCAGUUACUGGAUGUUAAUGAUAAUGAACCAGUCUUCACUAGUCCGGUCUAUAAUGCAACACUGAGUGAAGGCACAGCCAGGGAGAGCUGCUUCCUAAAGGUAACAGCCUCGGACGCAGACAGUGGUAAUUUUGGAGUCGUCUCAUACUCUCUCAGUCCUGCAUCCCCCCAUCAGUUUCGUAUUCACUCUGAGAGUGGAGACAUCUGCAUCUCUGAAGCCCUGGACAGAGACGAUGGAGAUCGCUUCUUCCUGCUCCAUGUGACAGCCAGUGACGGGGGGGGGCUAAGCACGUCCUGUCUUGUCCGGAUUUCACUGGAAGACGUGAAUGAUAAUCGCCCAGUGUUCUAUCCCGUGGAUUAUGGAGCUAGUGUGAGUGUUACCAGCCUCCCAGGGACACCAAUAUUAACCGUGACUGCACGAGACAAGGAUGAGGGGAUCCAUGGCACCCUCAACUACCACAUUGUAUCAGGAAACAGCCCCCCACUUUUCCGUCUCGACGCAAAUACAGGCACGAUUUUUGUGGCACUCUCGCUCUCCGCCAGGGUGGGAUCUGUCCUGCACCUGGAGGUUGGGUCUCAGGAUGGGGGAGGAGUCAAGGCUGAGAUGAACGCCCGGGUGAAUAUCAGCAUAUUGCCAAGUUCUGCUCCCAUUCCGACAUUCCUGCAACCCCGGUAUGAAAUCACCGUUCCGGAGGAUACGCCACCUGGGACCAGCGUGGGCAGUGUAUCGGCAAAAAAUCCACGAGGAGUCUCUGGCAUGGUUUCUUACUUGCUCUCCUCUGGAGACCCCUUGGGUCUUCUCUCUCUGGACUCUCAUACUGGAGUCUUAACCAUUGGCAAAUCAUUAGACCGAGAACAAGAUGCAGAGUUAUUUCUGGAGGUGCAAGCUUAUACUGGCUUUCCUCCAGCAUACACUCAAACACAGAUUACCCUCCGGAUUACUGAUGUCAACGAUAACCCUCCAACUUUCCCCUCACCAUCCCAUACUCUACGAAUCCAAGGGUCAACCCCUACAGGUUCCAUCAUCUUCACAGCUCAGGCAACAGAUCCAGAUUCUGGAGCCAAUGGACAAAUUCACUAUGAGCUGGAUUCUCUGGGACCCUUCAGCAUAGAUAGCUCUGGGCAGCUUCGUAUCACAGCACCACUUAGCCAGGUACGAUAUGAGCUGCGAGUGAUGGCAUUAGAUGAUGGAAGCCCACAGCUUUCCUCUGUCCUGGAGAUCACUGUCCUAGUGAUGGAAAGAGAAUCUGAACCAGCAUGUGGUGCCUCUGAUUAUCGUGUGGAGGUUCGGGAAGGCAGCCCCCCACUUAGUCGUCUCCUGCAGGUCCGGGCAUUACCCACUGCUGGAGGAGAAAAUCCAGUAACUUACCGGCUCAGGCCAGAUGCUGAUUCUGUGGGGUUUGGUGUGGAGCUAGAGACAGGUUGGCUUUAUGUACGUGGAGCUUUGGACCGAGAGAGCCGUGAGGCGUAUUUAUUGGCUGUGCUGGCAUCAGCAGGUUCUGGCACACGCACUGCCACUUGCACUGUGCGUGUUCGAGUGACAGAUGAAAAUGACAACGCUCCUCGGCUGAGUGAGGAGAGGUACUUUCUAAGCAUCCGAGAAAACCGUGCUGUUGGUGAGAGUGUUGGAAAGGUCAGUGCUUCUGACAGAGAUGCUGGGCAGAAUGGACGCAUCACCUACAGACUCUCAGCCCAAGAAACUGACUUCCAGAUUCACCCUCACACAGGGGAACUGACUGCCAGGAAGAGUUUGGAUCGUGAACUCCAGGCCACAUACCAGCUCCUGGUCAUUGCGCAGGAUGGGGGUGCACCACCCCGGAGUGUGACCGGGACCAUUCACAUUACAGUGCUAGAUGAAAAUGACAAUCCUCCUAUGUUUGUGUACCCCAAUGCUGGGCGUGAGAUAUCGCUACAGGUCAUGGAGGGGAAAGCUGCUGGUAUUUUUGUGGCCUCACUACAUGCCAGGGAUCCUGAUGAAGGAGAGAAUGGGACUGUAACGUAUCUUUUGAUAGGUCCCUGGGCAGAGAGAUUUACUCUGCACCCAAACACAGGUGAACUGCGUACUGCAUCAGCACUACAGCACUCUGAGCGUUCACUGUACAGCAUGACUGUUCGAGCCAGUGAUUUAGGAACUCCUCCGCAGAGCUCAGAGACCACCAUCCGUAUCCAGAUUUUACCAACAACACGUUACACCUUAAAGCCUAAUCCAAGUGCUCUUGUCUUGUCUCCCAUGGAAGGGUUGCCACCUGGAUCCCUUUUGGGUUCUGUGGCUCCAAGGAGUCUAUAUGGCUCUGCAAUGUACACCCUACUAGAUGACCCACAUGGUGUCUUUAUGGUGGAUGGACGGACAGGAAACAUAUUUGUUGUGAAAGAGUUGGAUUUUGAGUUGCAAGCUCGAUAUUCUUUUCGAGUAAGUGUUGAGGAGUCAAGAGAACUGUCUGGAGUAUACAUACCACCUAGACUAAUCCAAGUUGAGGUUGAAGUUCAGGACAGAAAUGAUCAUGCUCCAACAUUUCUUGAGGAUCCAGUAACAAUAGUGGUACAUGAAGAUGCUCAAGUUGGUUCUUCUGUUUACACUUUCCAAGCCACUGACAAAGAUGGGCCUGGGCCCAACAGCCAAGUGCAGUAUUUACUACUCCACCAGGAGCCAGAGACUGCAGUUAACCCUUUUUGGUUGAAUAAAGAAACUGGUGUAUUGAGUGUAUCACGGCCACUCGAUCGCGAAGAAAUACCUUCUUAUCUUUUAGUGGUAGAGGCAUCAGAUUGUCCUCUAAACACCAGCCAACGCCGCACCACCUCUGUCACAGCUCGAAUCUUCCUCAGUGAUCAUAAUGACCAUACACCACUCUUCAUCACUCCCUCAGUCCUGUGGAUCCACGAAGACACAUCUGUGGGUUCUACCGUUCUUUAUUUAGUGGCUCAGGAUCUAGACCUGGGAGAUAAUGGUAGGAUUGGCUAUCAGAUGAUAUCAGGCAAUGAAGAGGGAAGGUUCCAGAUUCACCCAAGCACAGGUGCUCUUUCCGUGGUUCGAGCAUUAGACCGUGAGGAGACUGCAGGAUAUAAUUUGACAGUUAUUGCCUCAGAUCAUGGUUCUCCAAUGCUCUCCAGCACCCAAACACUUUCAGUGUCUCUUCUUGAUGUGAAUGAUGAAACACCCAUAUUUGAGAAGUCUCAAUAUGAUGGCAGAGUUCAAGAGAACCAGCCAGCUGGAGUUACAGUCCUUAAAUUUCAGGCAAUAGACAGAGAUCUUGGUCCCAGUGGACAUGUAACGUACAGUGGUGUUACUGGCAAUGAAUUUUCCCUGGACCCAGAAACCGGGAUCCUCACCACAAAACGUUCAUUAGACAGAGAGUCAAAGGAGCUGUAUAGGUUAACAGUGUUUGCUCGGGAUGGGGGGUCCCCCCCACGCAUGUCAGAAGUUAAUGUAAUGGUUCAUGUUGGGGAUGAAAAUGAUAACGCUCCAUCCUUUGACAGAGAGAGUAUUUCACUGGAGGUACCUGAAAAUCAGGACCCUUUAACCCUGUGUAGACUCAGUGCCUGGGACCCAGACAAGAAAAAGAACGGUCAGCUCCAGUAUGUGCUUAUCGAUGGUGACUCUGCUGGCGAUUUCUCUCUGGAUUCCUCCUCAGGGACACUCUCCACAGCUCGUCCUUUGGAUCGAGAAUCAGUAUCCAGCCAUCAGCUAGUGGUACUGGCACAUGAUGGCGGUUUUCCAUCUCUUAGUGCCACUACGACGGUCGUGAUCACUGUAACAGACCUUAAUGAUAAUGCACCCACCUUCUCUGCUCCUGCCUUUAAUGCAGAGGUACCCGAGGAUGCUCCUGUUGGGAGUUUGGUCCUGCAGUUGACUGCCCUAGACCCUGAUGAUGGUCCUAAUGGCCAGACAACAUUCCAUCUCUCCAAUGGUACACAUGGAGCUUUCCACAUUGAUCCUCUCACUGGACGUAUAACAACAGCAACACAACUUGAUCGCGAACGUAGAGCAACGUACACAUUUCUGGCCUGGGUCUUUGAUUCAGAUCCUUCAGGACCAAAGAGAGCACAGGCCACGGUAACUGUAACUGUGCGAGAUGUCAAUGACAAUCCCCCUGCAUUUUUGCGCAGCCCUUUUUAUGUCAACUUGUCGAGGAAUACCCCAACCAAGAGGCCACUCACAGCCAUGAGAGCAGAGGACAAAGAUGCUGGAGCCAAUGCCUCCAUCCUGUAUCGGCUAACUCCUACAUCUGCUAAAGGUGCAUUUUCUGUGGAUCCCUACACUGGGGAAGUGCGUUUGCUGGAGCCUCUGGAAAGCUUGAAUCCAAAAGAGCGAACUAUCUUUGUACUGGCUUCAGAUUUGGGGGAACCUCCAUUGUCCUCCACUGGUGUGUUGGUUAUCCACCUGCGUGAGGAGGCAUCCCAAGGACCACGAUUCCCACGAGACAAUACAGAUAUUAGCCUGACAGAGAAUAGCCCACAAGGAUCGGUGGUUGCCACUGUGAAAGCAUUGCAUACCGGAGGCUCAUCGGGAAAGAUCACUUACACCUUCCUCAGCGGGAAUGAAAAUGGAGCAUAUAGUAUCCACCCAAAUACAGGUCAGAUCACAGUGCAGCAGCCGCUGUUAUUGGAUUAUGAAUGGAACCCGCGGCAGAGACUUGUCAUACAGGCAGAGACCCCACAACAUUACAGCUUCACUGCGCUAACUGUCAUUCUACAGGAUGUCAAUGACAACACGCCGCGCUUCCAGCUGCCGCACUACAUGGCCCACAUCUGGGAAGCACAGGCUGAUGGCAGCCACAUUAUACAGGUUGUUGCCGAGGACCCAGACCAAGGGCUGAAUGGUCAGGUGACCUACGCGUUGGACCCGUCAGGGCUUAUGAAAGAUUUGUUCCGCAUUGACCCUCAGACAGGGACCAUCACAACUGCAGCCAUCCUGGACCGUGAGAUCUGGUCCCAGACACGGCUUGUUGUUACAGCAACAGAUCGUGGCUCGCCACCUCUCACUGGCUCGGCUACACUUACUGUAGUGGUGAAAGACGUUAACGACAAUAGGCCAACCAUUCCGCUGCAGUGGGAGCUCAGUAUACGUGAAGAUGCUCAUAUUGGGUCAGAGAUUGCCCAGGUGACUGGAAAUGAUGUAGACUCUGGCCCUGUGCUGCGGUACACACUGUCAGUGGAUGGGUCGCCAGCAGGAAUAUUCACCAUCUUGCAAUAUAGUGGCCACAUCUGGGUGACUGAGAAACUAGACCACGAGGAACGCAGUUCAUUCUUGUUGAGUGUGCAAACGUCAGAUGGCAAACACCAGACCAGGGCAGAUCUCAGACUCACAAUAGAGGAUGUGAAUGAUAACUCACCCGAGUUUACACAUAGCCUGUACAAGGUGACUGUUAUGGAACACACCCCUUCUUGGACCCCACUGAUCACCAUCACUGCUACCGACAAAGACUCUGGGGACAAUGGGAGAGUUACUUACAGAGUGUUAUCUGCAGAUAGCCAUGCAUUCUACAUGCACCCUGAGAACGGAACACUUUUCAAUACUCGGGUUAUGGAAUUGGACCCAGCGUGGCCUUUGAUGAACGUGGUGGUAGAAGCUUGUGACCAUGGAUUCCCGAGUCUAUCUUCCAUUAUUACUGUGCAGAUAUUGGUGAUGGAUGUUAAUGACCAUUCACCCUCCUUUCCACAACUGCAAUACACUGCUUCUGUGCCAGAAGACCUACCUCUUGGCAGUACCAUCUUGAUCCUGGAGGCCACUGAUGGUGAUCUGUCUUUAGAGAACUCCGGGCUUGAUUACACCAUCUUUAGUGGGAACACAGGCAAUGUCUUCCAAAUACAGAGUGGAAUGCGCUUGUGGAAUGGUCAUUUCCAGCAUAUUGGCUCCAUCAUUUUGACGGAUUCCCUGGAUUUUGAAGCUAUUUCCUUUUAUAAUUUAACAGUUGGUGCCACUGACCGAGGUGUUCCACAGAUGAGCCACUCUGUACCUGUUUUGAUUACAAUCCUCGAUGUCAAUGAUAAUCCGCCUGUCUUCCCAAGACCAGAAUACAGUGUACUUCUCAGUGAGGCAGCUCCUGUUGGUUCUGAAGUGCUAAGACUGCUAGCACAGGAUACAGACUCUGGUAACAACGGAAUGGUAUACUAUAGAAUCACAUCAGGAGAUGAGAGUCAUCUCUUUCAGAUUAAUGGGGCCACAGGUGCCAUAAAGCUAGCUCAACAACUAGACAGGGAGCGACAGUCACUACAUGCUCUUGUGGUUCUAGCCUUUGAUGGUUCAGCCAACUUUGCUCUUGUUACAGUGACUGUAGAAGUCCGUGACAUAAAUGACAACAAGCCAUACUUUCCUGUGCAGAUUCUGACAACCAGCAUUCGGGAGAAUCAGCCAGCUAAUACACUACUAACUGUUAUUCAUGCCAUAGACCUGGACACAGGAAUGUUUGGUCAGCUGCAUUACAAUAUGCUGGACCUUCCAGUAACUGAACCUGGACAUCUAACUGGUAAAGAUGUAUUCCUGGUGAAUAGGACAUCUGGUGAGCUACUUUCUCGGCAGAGCUUUGAUUAUGAGCGUAGCAAAGCUUUCAACAUGGUUGUCAGAGCCACAGAUGCUGGAAAUUUUUCAGCUACAGUCACAGUUCAAGUUCUCGUAACUGGAGAGGAUGAAUAUGACCCAGUUUUCCUAGCCCAGUACUUCAACUUUGAGGUGACGGAGGGUGCUAUUAAAGGCCAGGUCAUUGGUCGUGUGCAGGCCACAGAUGAGGAUGAAGGGGCUGAUGGACUGGUUCUGUACUCCUUCUCUAAACCAUCACCAUAUUUUGGAAUUAAUGAAACCACAGGCCAUGUCUACCUAAAGGUCGAUAGCCAGAGACACCGUUCUGGUCGGUCCAAGCGAGAAACAAGGGAAAUAAUCAUGGAUGUUCAUGCACACAGUCCUUUACCUUCCUCACGUGUUGCUGUUGCUCAGCUUACUGUGGACAUUACACAUACUUCAUUUGGACUGGCCCCUGACUUGAACUUGUUACUCGUAGUGUCUGUGGCCUCUUCUUUGGCAGUGGUUGUAGUAUUAGCUGUUGUUGCUAUUGUGCUGGUUGUUUGCAGGUCACGGAGCAUACAGAAGAAGCGUCAAGAGACAGAUGCUCAAUUGGAUACCUUGCAGGCAAGCACUAUGCAGAGAAUGGGUCACGAUAAGUCAACACUAUCUAGCAGUGACCGAAUCUACCAUCAAACACUUCCUGGCUACUCCAUGGAAUCUUCAACAGGGGAGUGUUCUUACACCAGAGGAGGAUCUCUAGACCCAUCACAUUCUAGUGGGCGUGGAUCUGCGGAAGCUGCUGAAGAUGAUGAAAUCCGUAUGAUCAAUGAGUACCCUCGAGUAGCAAGCAUUACAUCAUCAAUGCAAGAACACAUCUCAGCACGUGGUCCUGACUCUGGCAUCCAACAAGAUGCUGAUCAACUGUCUGAUAUUUCUUGUGAUCCAUCUAUGGAUACUGGGCAGUGGUUUAAGAGUAAGAAGGGGUCUGCACAGUCACAGAUGUAUCGAGAUGAUAGUGGAGGAGGAGGAGCUUUUAUAGGAGUAGGCUGUGGGCUUAACAUGCCCCACAACAAGGACUACUCUUUCCCCGAAGAUGGCAAGCCGUCUGUGGAGGGCUCUCUGACAGCCAUUGUGGCCAGUGAUGAAGAGUUACGCGGCAGCUACAACUGGGAUUACCUUCUAAAUUGGUGUCCUCAGUUCCAGCCAUUAGCCAGUGUGUUUAUGGAAAUUGCCAGGCUUAAAGACGAAUCAGCACUUAGAAGACCUUUUCAACCAAAGCCCAAAGCAAUGCCCCAACCUCGCAUUGAUCCACCUCCUCUAAUUACAUCAGUGGCACAUCCAGGUGCUAAGACCGUGCCCCCAAAGCCAGCUGUGGCCAGAAGUUUCCCUAAUUUUUCAUCUUUGCGUCGCUCCCCAAUCACACAUGAAGCUUUCCUUUCAUCCUCAGCUAUACCCCCCAGUUUCUCCCCAUCCCUCUCUCCGUUGGCAGCGCGAUCACCCGUUGUCUCGCCAUUUGGAAUUUCCCAGGGACCAUCAGCAUCUGUCCUCAGCACAGAGCACAAUCUGGAACCUGUUAGUGAUGGGGAACUAAGGAUUUAAAACCUUGCAGUAAACAAAGGGCAAUGACCACAAAAAUAAAAUACAAAGGCAGCAAAACCAACUGCAUCUAGACUGGUGAAGAACUGUUCCUGCUAAAGGAGAUACAAUACAGUUUAACCUCUUUGAACCCAAAUAUGCAUACUGUUUCAAUAGGAAAAGAACGACUGCUCCAAGUCCCAGUCAAGACUGAACACAGGAGGCACCUCACCAUACACUGACUGAAAGGUGCCUCCUUUACCACCUGACUUUGUGUCCCCUCUGUUGACCAGGGGUAGGAAGCCUCACUUGCCUGUGUGGUGAACAAUGAACUAGAUGAAGUUUAGAUCAAUUUUUUUGUAAUGCAUGAAUGGCCUUCUAUGAUUUAUUCAGCAAAACCGCUGUCCAGAAGCCCAUUGAUCCCAAGCCUGGCAGCUAGAUCACUUUACUCAGGGGCCAAAACUCAGGCAGGACCUGUACACCAGCAUCUUCAUAGUGUACAUAGGGCUGUAAGCUAGAGAGGCAAGAUAUACCAUAUCACUUGUCAUAAACAGGAAGUGUAUUCAGAAACCAAUGCUCUACGCAGGAUGUACAACUCAACAAGUGCCCAAGAGAGUAAGCAAAGUGAGGCUGUGUGCACGUAGACUGGACAGUAAGUAGGAUUUCACUAGAGUGUAGUCGUGUAGUGUCGUAUACAGUCUUCAGUUAUGUUUACAUUGUAAUGAUUAUAUGAUAACCAAGGUUUUUUUAAUCAAUGAUUCCAGUUCUGCUAUUUAUAAUUAUAUACCUCAUUUACAUAUUUGGCAUCAAAGCAGUUCCAUCACAUUGUUGAGCGGUUAUUUCACACGAUCCCGGAUAGAAGACUUGGUGGGUGCUAUCUCAGCUUCGAGCAAAAGCCCGUCCUACCAUGGUUCUCUAUUGUCUGAAGCUAGAGCGGAGCAAAUUAUACGUAUAACUAAAUCUGUGAAUUAUAGAAAUAUAUGUAAAUAUAACCUGCUCCCAGACUUGUGCUUAACAGCCCACCUUGGGAUACGCUCAAGAUUCCUAGAGGUUUAGAAUGAUUUAUACUUGAUGGUAUAGGAAUUAUACGGCUAGGCUAGGCAGGUGUAUAGACCAAAUAAUAAAGACUUGAUGGUAUAGGAAUUAUACGGCUAGGCUAGGCAGGUGUAUAGACCAAAUAAUAAAGACUUGAUGGUAUAGGAAUUAUACGGCCAGCCUAGAAAGGUGUAAAAACUAAAUAAAAAAAGACUCAAUGGUACAGGAAUUAUACGGCCAGGCUAGGAAGGUGUAUAGACUAAAUAAUUAAGACUCGAUGGUAUAGGAAUUAUACGGCUAGCCUAGCAAGGUGUAUAGACCAAAUAAUAAAGACUCAAUGGUAUAGGAAUUAUACAGCCAGGCUAGGAAGGUGUAUAGAUUAAAUAAUAAAAACUCAAUGGUAUAGGAAUUAUACAGCUAAGCUAGGAAGGUAUUUUGACUGAAUAAUGGUUACUAGAUGGUAUAGAGUUUAUAUGGCAUGGAUAGGAAUGUAUAUAUUGGUAAAAUAAUGCAGACUGAAUGGUAUAGGGAUUAUAUGGCCCAACUGGGAAGGUAUAUAUUGAAGGAUUAACGCAGAUUGGAUGGUAUAGGGAUUAUUAUGGCCCGGAUAGGAAGGUAUACAGACUGAAUAACGGGGAUUGGAUGGUAUGGGGUUAGGAAGGUACAUAGAAUGAGUAACGGGGAUUGGAUGGUAUGGGGAUUAUAUGGCCCAGCUAACGCAGAUUGGAUGGUAUAGAGAGUAUUAUGGCACGGAUAGGAAGGUAUAUAGACUGAAAUACAGAGACUGGGUGGUAUAGGGAUUAUAUGGCCCAGCCUGGAAGGUAUAUAGACUGAAUAAUGGUUACUAGAUGUAUAGAGUUCAUAUGGCACAGCUAGGAAGUUAUAUGGACUUAAUAACUCAGACUUUAUGGUAUAGGGAUUAUAUGGACCAGUUAGAAAAGUAUAUAGUGACAGAAUAACGCAGACUGAAUGGUAUACAGAUUAUAUGGCCCAGCUAGGAAGGUAUAUAGACUAAAUAACAGGGACUGGAUGGUCUAUUGGUUAUAUGGCCCGGCUAGGAGGGUAUAAAUUGACAGAAUAACGCAGACUGGAUGGUAUACGGAUUAUAUGGCCCAGCUAGGAAGGUAUAUAGACUAAAUAACAGGGACUGGAUGGUCUAUUGGUUAUAUGGCCCGGCUAGGAAGGUAUAAAUUGACAGGAUAACGCAGACUGGAUGGUAUACGGAUUAUAUGGCCCAGCUAGGAAGGUAUAUAGACUAAAUAACAGGGACUGGAUGGUCUAUUGGUUAUAUGGCCCGGCUAGGAAGGUAUAAAUUGACAGGAUAACGCAGACUGGAUGGUA